AUGGAACACCAUACAAACCUUGUGCCGUCUCGUCGUAACUCGGCCGACUCUUCCGCCUCCAUAGAAACAAUGUCUUCACAAACAACACCAAUUUCCACUACUCCUCCCACACCACACGAGUAUGAAAACCUGACAAUACUUCAAUCAGCUCUAGCUUCUGCUCAAACUGCGAGGUCACAAUCUGCUGACGGUGGUUCUAGGACCACAAAUCAUAGGGAGUCAAAAAGAGUCGGUUCUAAACCUCCUCGACAACUUCAAUGUUUUAACUGUGGCAUAAAAAAUACACCGCUCUGGCGUAGAACACCAGACAGAAUGCAUUCACUAUGCAAUGCAUGUGGCCUAUAUUUUAAACAAUAUCAUGAUUAUUCUGAUAUAUCUUCGGAACAUCAAGCGGGCAAUGAAUCUAAUAGCGAAGAAGCAGCACCCGAAACAUCAAUUCAAUCUCCGACGUCAACGCCAACUCCCUCAACACCUCUGUUUUCCGCACUAUUACCCAAUGAACUUUCAUCAAAUCUAAAUUUAUCACCUGUAGUACAAAUGACUACACCUAUACCAUCACCUACCAUACCUCCCGCAUCCUUACCUCCAUCCGGAUCACAUUCGACGAUAUCACCAUCAUCAAUUGCAGCUAUGGCUGAUAUACAAAUCCAAUGUGCUAAUUGUGGUCAAACUCAAACGCCCUUAUGGCGAAAGAAUGACAAGGGACAACCUCUUUGCAAUGCAUGCGGAUUAUAUGCUAAGUUGCAUAAUAGAGAUCGUCCUAUUGCCAUGAGAAAGGCAAAAAUCCAGCGUAGACGUCGUGAUUGGAAUAAAUAUGGUCAUGUUGAAGAUGGACAUUCUACCGAAGAAAACAACGAUUCAUCACAUUAUUCUCAAAAGGGCCCUAUCACAUUACAUACCAUUCUUCCUAAUCAAAGACCAAUAGCACCUAUGACCAUGUCUCCAAGUCUUAUGGCACCUGCCCUUUUGACUUUAGCUACUGCCGCCACCUGUCAGCGGGAACAAAUGUUAUUAGAAGAGCAGCGCCGUCAGCUUCAACAAUUACAACAACAUCAUCACGAAGAGAUAUCUGAUGACCACGAUCAAAAUUCAACAACGCCUGGUCAUAUGCAUACGUCUUUUGAUUAUAAUGAUGAGACAAAAUUUAAAGUUUUGGUGGAUCAGAUGUCUAAAAAUCAGGUGGAAGAUGUGUUGAAGGUUUUGGAGAGGCGGUGCGAGAUUUUGAAAAUGGCAUUAGGAGAAUCACAAUAA